GGUCGUCAUCAUCAUCAAUGCCUAUCUUGAAAGGAUCAGAAAGAGAAGAGAAGAGAAGCUUGAUUGAAGAAGGUUCUUAGAUUAAUGGAACUGCUCUAUCUCCUCUGCUCAAUCUUCUACACUUCAGCCACGACCUUCUUCCUCUCUCUCCUCCUUCCCUUCCGCCUCCUUAUCCACCGUCUCAUCCCUUCACGACGCUCCGCCGUCGAUUCCAACGUCUCUUACUACGAAGGCACCGUCUGGCACGACCGUCUCCGUCCCGUCCGUCACUCCUUCCGUUACUCCGUCCGUUACGCUCUCUUCGACCUCGACAGUGCUCUCCACGCGCCGCCGGAUCAUCUCUCCGCCGGCGAAGCUCGCCUCCUUGCUCGUACCACCGGGCCAAUUUUUCUAUUGACGAUACCUCCAAGCGUUGGAUAUGAACAGAACCCAUUGAGUUUGUAUUAUUGCUACAACUUAGAAGGAUCAAGUAAGCGCUUAAGCAAAUGCAUUGCACAGGUUACAAAUACGCCCUGGGGGGAACGAGUGACAUUUGUUUUCGACCCUGAAUCUGACGUGGUUGCUAAAUCAUUACAAGUCAGUCCUUUCAUGGAUAUGCUUGGGAAUUGGAAGAUCAGAGCAAAUGAACCUGGAGAUGAGUUAUCUGUCUCCAUUGAAUCACAGCAUCCUCAUCAUGGUAACUACUUCUCUGCGACACUGAAGGCGAAAAGAAUAGACCAAACACGGGUUUCUGAUCCCGCGGUCUUCUUCUGGUUGAUGCCUCAUAAGGUUGCGAUAUGGAUCUAUUGGCAUGCACUUAAACUCUGGUGGAAGAAUGUACCUUUCAUUCAACACCCCAGGUACUCAAACCCAUCCUAUAAAGAGGAUGCAGCCAAACGCGAUGAAGAACUUCGUUGUGUUGGUUUAAAUGGAUCAAACUCUGGUGAAACCAUCAAAUUUGAUGGCUGUAGCAGUUGUUUUGGAGGGUGUCGCUUUGCGUGGCGAGAUGCUAAUUGGCCUUGGUCAUGAUCAUUACACACACACACUUGGGAUUAUCAGGUUGUCAGAGUUUGGACUUUACAAUCAUUCAUCGAAUGGUAGGAUUGGUGGACUUGUUUAGCCUUUGGCUUAGUAACAAAAAUGAACCGUAUUUGAUGAUAAGCCUACGAUGUAGCUCGACUUAUUGCAAGUUAAGAAAACAAACCUGCAUUUAAGUAUUAUACCAUAUCCAUAUUGAUUUUCGUACCAUUUACUCUAAAA